GGACACUUGGCAAAGGCACUCGCUGUUGAUCCUCGAAAGUGUGCGGAGCUCUUCGUGCUUGGCGGACGCGCACCAGAAGACCUCGUUCCCUGCCUCUCUUCUAGCAGGGACGACUGUGCGCACUGUCGCGGACGUUGUCCCCGUGUUUACUCGAAAAAGAGACGGUCGCAUGUGUCGUCGAAUCGCGGGCACGGCCGAGAACUAUCCCUGCUGACCGGAAAAAUUCCCAAGAACCUGCCCCUUGCAGAGACUUGCGUUGGACGUCUGGAGUGUUGGUCUGUCACCGAGAUCUAAAGAAAUGUGUUGUCACUAAUUUUUCCACGAGGUCCACCCAUCAGGGAACAGGCAAGAAGACUCUCCUGCCUUUUGCCAAGCCGCGGCCUUUCAGCAUCGACCCAGCUCGCAGUCGACCUCGUCCCUUCGGCGGCGCACACAGGAGAGCCAUUGAAGAUCCUUGACCUGGAGAACCUCUCUCGCACUGUGUCCUCAUACUUUUACCUGAGGGAGUCUAAAGCUCGUCGAAACGUGUAACUAUCGUGGGGCACGUGGCAGGCGUGGCAUCUUUUCGUGUUACGGGGCAACACACGGCUUGAGAGUGCUUACAGUGGGAUCCGGCGGCAUCGACAUGAUCGUGAUCACGCACUUCGGCAAGCCGAUGACACGGAAGAAAGGUGUCAAAAUGCUCCAGCAAAUCCUGCGGGACAUGUACAUUGACCCCCAGCUACUUGCUGAGCUGGAUGAUGAGCAGAAGCACAUCCUUUUCUGCAAGAUGCGAGAGGAGCAAGUACGACGUUGGGAACAGCGUGAAAAGGAGCUUGCCCUGAACAACAAAAAGAAUGGCACCAAUAGCAACAGCAACAAGCCUGGAAGCAAACGUGUGGACUUCCUGUUGGGCUCUGAUGGCAAGCCAUGGACUUGGGUGAUGGGUGAGCAUCCCGAGGACUCCACCAUUGAGGAGAUCCUGGAGAAGGAGACCAAGGAAAAGGCUCGUAUUCAAGCAGCCCAGGAAGCCCUUCAGCUGAGAAAUCAAGAGGAGCAGCAACAAAAGCAACAGCAGCAGAGGCAGGAGCAGCAGCAGCAGGAGCAGCUUUGGCAGCAGCAGCAACAACAACAGCAGCAGCAGCCGCAACAACAACAGCAAAAGGAAAUAGUGGUGGUGCCAACGACUCCUUCACCUCCACCAGACAUACCGAAAGACUGUAUAGAGGAAGUGGUUCGGUUGCGGCGCAAAAAGAAGCCCCUGGAAGGCUGCUUCUCGUUGGAGAAAGAAGUGGCUGCCCUCCUCCAGGACUCGGUGGUUGCUACAUCGCGGGUCUCCACGGUGGAUCGGAGCAUGUGGCUUUCUCAGAAGCAGCAAGAGAUUAAAAAUCGAGAGGAAAGCCUGAAACAACUGAUGGAGCAAAGGUCACAGGAGAUAUACCAAGAAAUCAAGGCCCAGCAGCGCAAAAGUUUUGAGGCUGCUGAACGUGAGAGCAUGGUUCAGGAGGAAUUUUGGAUUGAGCAAGAGAAGAAAGCAAAGGAAGUGGAGAAGCAGAUUCGAGAGAUAGCACGUAUUGCCCGUGAAGAACACAAGAGGGCGCUGCACCUCGGCAAUGGCAAGACGCUGGCUUCAGUGGACAUGAGAGAGCCCGUGAUGAGCCUGAAUGGAAAACCCCCAGUUCCUCCCAAAGUGGUGCCUCCAACUCUCCCUGCCACGCCUCCUCCGAACCUUGUGAUGAAUGGCACUAGCAAUGGCUCCAUCAAGAAUGGCAUUACCACAAUCACCACUACUACCACUGGGAGCCCCACAACAGUCAUGCCUUCUCAUGCCACAUCCAGGAGCAAGGAUGCUGAGCUGUUCAGUCGAGCGGACAUAAUACAGUGGUUCCUAAAGGAGGAGUACCCACGUGGUGCUGUGACGGACCACAAUGGUAACAACCUUGCUGCCUGGUUCCAUGGUUUCAUUGGGCGGCCAGAGUCUGAGCAGCUCUUGCAGAGGCAUGGCGGGGCAGCAGCAGGCGCGUUUCUCGUAAGAGUUCAUGAGCGCAUCAAGGGCUAUGUCAUAUCUUACUGGGCUGGAGACCGCUGCAAGCACUACCUCAUUGAUGCCUCACUUGGACACUGCCAGUUCUUUGGCUCUAAUCAACUUGUCUUCCCCCGGCUCAAAGACCUGAUAUUGCACCACACUACAAACCCCAUCACAGCACUGGGACAAGAACAGUUGCUCGACCCUUGUCCCCGCAACAACAGCAACAACUUAUUCUCACUGCUGCCCACACUUGGACAGUGAAAGAACAGCUGUGAAAAGAAAAAAAAAAGCUUCUCACAACACAAGUGCCAAGCAUUGACAUCGUGACGUGACUUGAUGUGGUUUUUGUGUCGUGUGUGAUCACAAAAAUGGCCACGCAUUACCACCAACACCAGUUACUAACCACUGUGAUCGAACCGAAGAACAGGAGGGGGUAAACCAAGUAGCUGUGUGCAGUUAUGCUGCUUCUCUUGGCACAACUUGUGCGACACUCAUCUCACUCUUCACUCCGGUUUACACGUCCAAAGAUUAAUUGUGAGUGGCGCCCUGUUAUGUGGCUGGCUGCAAGUGCAGAGGCAAAUAUCCCCUUUUUCUUAGCUUUUUUUUUUCUUUUAUAAUUGUAAUAUAUUGUACAUAAUUUAGUCACUGCAUGUGAUUGUAAUAGGCUGUUCUUUGUACAAACUGAAGCUGUACGCCCCUCUUUUUUUUGCCCUAGCGGCUGUUAUUUUAGGUGCAAUGUUUGCUUGAACCUCUUUAAUCAUUGGACUCUGUAGAACUGUGUUGAGCUUAUCAUAACUGUAUAUUUUUUUGGCCCAUGGGCGACCUGCGCUCUAUUUUUUAGCAGAAACCUAGUUCCAUAGAAGAAACUGCUGUGAAUGAAUGCGUAGGGUGGUCACAACAGUUCUAUGCACUGAUAACAGUCUGUAUAAAGCUAGUAAAACUGACCGGCAUGCAUCCAAUGUCACUUGUUUUUGUGCUAUUACCAGUGCUGCUUUUUUGAGAUUUUGGGAUGCAAUAUUUGAAUUGGAACAGUUAUUAUGUACCACACAGAACGGUAGUAAUGUCAAAAACUAGUAUAUAUCUCGCACAGACUACAUCCCCGUUUUUUGGGGAUUUAGUCUGUAGUGUAAACCUAUUGUGAUAAUGGCUAGAUUUUCAUGUGUACUUUAACCUCCAUAGCCUCUUGACAUAUCAUGCACAUUGUUGAAUGCUUAAUGCUGUAGUGCAAUGUUUCUAAUGCAUAGAUGACCGGCUUUCACGGGAAGUUGAUCACGCGUGUACUAAUAUUCAAAAUGGUUGGCUGCGUCUGCCACUCUAGACAUUUUGAAAUGACUGUUGCGAAUUAUCGACUGUGUCACAAACUGCAGUGUUACGGAGGGGUUGCGGUCGUAGUGCACUCAAUUACAGCAUUAAUUGCUACAUUGAUGAUGCUAGUUAAUGCAAACUUUGUUUAUCCUUUUAUUUUUGCACGAUCAAGAUUUUGUUUCCCUCCCUAUGACUUGCCCCCAGUCUGUAGUUGCACUGGUGUCAUUGUUUUGUUUUAAUAUUGCGCAUGGCUGCAUGCUUGCAGUAAACUGUUACUUUUUUUUAAAGAGCAGACAUGUUCGUUUUGUGAACAAAUGUGUUUGCUGGCUGAGAUAUGGAUGCCUUUUUUUUGUUCAUGCUGAAUUUCUUGGUGAAAGAGUUAAAGAUAGCUACUAUGAGUGUGUUUCUGGGAUGCUUAACUAGGCAGGUUUUCUCGACGUUUUGUUAGAAGCGCGGUGUGGCAUUUGGUUAGAAAAAGUGCAGUCCAUAAAGCCUUCGUUCCCAGCUGGUUUGGGUAAAAAAAUGAGGAGGACGGGGUGCAAAUGUUGCUGCUGCUUGUUUGACCAUUUCUAUCGAACAUACUUACCAAAAUAAAUUAUUUCAACGAGCGUGACCUGUGUUGUUUGCUGUAGGAUUUGAAGAGACAAACCAGAUGAUGAUGUAAUGAAUUUGAUGACAGUAAAACUUGUUGCACAUACA